AAUGUUCUCAAUUUUUUAUUUAAGAAUAAAAAGAUUAAGUUUACGUUUUAUCGCUACUAAUUCAAAUUUAACCUAUCUUAAUAUAAAUACUAACAAGUAGGGACAUAGAUUUGCGUAUUAGUUACUGACUGUUAAUAUAUACGAAAAUCAGGAUAAGGUACGUAAAAAUGAUAAAGGUGUAAAGGUCAAAUGUUUCCAUUAUUUCAGUGUUAAAAGUACAGUUGGAAUAAAAGAAUGAGUUUUAUGACGGAGCGAAAGUCAAAAGGUGCGGACGAACAGUUACAAGCAUUUCUAGAGAGAGAAAGUAAAAGUCAACAGUUUCAGAGACUGGGACACAAGCUAACUGACGUUUGUUGGGAUAUCUGUGUCAAAGCAUCCAGUCAUUCUUUGGAUUACACUACUAAAAAUUGCUUGAUCAAUUGUGUGGAGAGAUUCAUUGAUACAAGCAAUUUCAUUGCCUAUAGAUUGGCAAACAUAGCUUUAGCUAAUAAUCCCAAAGAAGAGGAUUUAGAAUAA